GUCUUUAUCUCAUGUCAACACUAAUCAGUAGAUCAGUUGUAAAUAUGAAAGUGUUUAUUAUUGUCAACUUGUGCUUGCCCUAUUUGCUGCAUGGAACCGAUGGCAGAAAGUUUCGCAAUGACUAUUAUUACUACCCGGAGGCUGCAGGGUGGCUCAAGCUGCAUGAGGUGCCUGCUACUUGGAAUAAUGCGUGGUUAAAAUGCUUUCGUGAAGGUGCCGUACUUGCUUCUCCCGAAACCGAAAACCUUAACAAUACGAUGAAAUUACUGUCAGCCAAUCUGCAAAAUUCCUUCGCCAUAUACACAGGAAUUCAUGCUACGUUUUCUAAAGGAGACUAUUACACUAUUGAAGGCACUCCCCUCUCGAAAAUCAACGUGACUUGGGCUCCUGGGGAACCUGACAAUUUCGGGGACAAAGAGAACUGCCUCGCUAUGUAUCACAACGGGACCCUUGCGGACGUGGACUGUAAUGGCAUCUUCCCUUUCCUUUGCUACAAGAAAAAAACUAAGCUGAUUACUAAUGCCUGCGGGACAAUUGAUACUGAUUACGCCUUAAACGUAAAAACUGGCAGCUGCUACAAGUUCCACCGCUUCCCCCAAAACUGGACUCAGGCGUUUGCUGCUUGCUCCGGGGAGGGUGGAUACCUUGCCAUCAUUAAUAGCAACGUGGAAGCUUCAGUGAUUAGGGAAUUGUACGUCUCAAAUCCUGACAGCGUCAUGCCAGGGAGCUUUGAAAAGUCUAUGGCGCAUAUUGGAGUAUCUGAUUGGGGCCGGCGAGGAUUAUGGCUUACUAUUCACGGAGAAACACUCAACGCCGCAGGUUACGAUAAGUGGGUAAACGGUUAUCCAUCAGCAGACACGACGGCAAACAUGAACCGGCCCUGUGGAACUGUGUUUAGGGAUGGCCUUCUGGCUAACACGAAGUGUGGAAUGGUUCGACCUUUUAUUUGCGAAAAAACACCUGAUAGCCUGGAAGACUACGAAUAUUAUGAGUAAACAAUGGAAGAAAUACUAAUAUU